AGAGAGAAGGUUCACAGCCUUAACACCAUCAAGCUCCCAAGUCCAGAGAUGGAACAACCACCAAACUCCACCAAGGCCAAGACCAACUCCAGCUCCAGCUCCAACAACAGCAAGCCCCCCAAGGCAAAGAAGAUAUCCAUCUCCAUCUUAGUAAUCUCCCUCCCUCUCCUCUAUGUCUCUCUCCUCCACAUCUCCCCCUCCACACUCUUCAAAGACACCACCUUCUGGUUCCUCAUGUCCAACUCCAUCAUCAUCAUCAUUGCCGCCGACUCCGGUGUGUUCUCCUCAUCAACCGAGACCGGCGAUCUCUACGAGGAGUUCAUCAAACAUAGCAGGGCAAGGAGUGCAUCCCUUGUUGCAGAGCCACCACCCAAGACUACCAUUAUAGAGAGCCCAAAAGAACUAGUACUUGCUCCGAGCCAGUUGGAUGUAACUGCUGACAAAAACAUAGUUGUGAGAGAGAAUUCAGUCCUCCAGUUAGAUAAACCUGUCAACAAAAGAGUAGUUGCGAAGGAGAGAUCACUUCCACACCCAGAAGUAGAAGUUGAUAGAAGUAUAGUUGUCUAUGAGAAGCCACUGCACCAGUCGAUGACUGAGAAGAAAGAUCAUCACCGGUUGCCUCUCCGACGGUCGGUGACAGGGAGGAGAAAUCAACAUAGUUUUAUGGGAAGCGGGCAUUCUGUCUUACCACUCCACCGGUCGAUUACAGAGACAAGAAAUCAUCAAUAUUUGGAGGAAAACGAGUACUCGAAAUUGUCCGAUGAGGAGCUUAAUGAGAGGGUGGAGGAGUUCAUCAAGAGAUUCAAUAGGGAGAUUAGGCUUCAGCUGAGGAAUGAAUAGAAUGUGUUCUCUCUUGGUAGAGCUGAGUUCACUGUGUAGUGUGUGUUUUUUGAUGGAGCACUGUUUGGUGUAUGCUGUCUUUGAGACAUCUGAGUCUGUGUAACAUGUCAGAAAAAAAUAAUGUUCAGAUUAGUGGCAAAAAUUUUUUU